UUUAUAUCCGUUUUCUUUCCUUGUUUGGUCUCACUGUCAAAAGAUGACAUGAAAUUAUGUUCCAUCGACAUACAACAAGCUGUGUUUUAACGUUAUUUGUUGUGGUUUUAUUCAGCCCACCUUUGGUCAUUGGAGGUAAAGAUGGACCUGCUCUUGAUGAGAAUUAUUUGAUGGACGAAUCGACAGGGCACACCUACGAUCCUUAUGGCCCACUGAUAAACUGCUCAUAUUUACCACUCCAGUUCCUCAACUGCUCCGAGCCUCUUGAUCUGAAUGGAAAUAACACAGAGAGGAAACGGCUUGGAUAUGGGUGCUCAGAGUGGGGCAAUGAAAGAUAUGAGGAGGUGCAGCAAACAGCUGUGAUCUGUACAGCACUUCCUGGCAUUGAAUGCUUCGGGAACAGAACAUUCCUCAAAGAUGGAUUUCCAUGUAUAAGGUACAAUGGCCACUACUUCGUGACAACACUGUUGUACUCUGUCCUCCUGGGGUUCCUUGGUAUGGACAGGUUCUGCCUCGGUCACACAGGUACAGCAGUAGGGAAGCUGCUGACGGUGGGAGGCGUGGGGAUAUGGUGGAUCAUAGACAUCGUCCUGCUGGUAACGGGGAUGCUGAAGCCGGCAGAUGACAGCAACUGGGUCCCAUAUUUCUGAUACAGUGCUCCAUUUGGGAUGUAGUUGAAGAUGGACUUUACAUACAGAAGUCAACAUGUGCUUCUUGUCAAAUUGUUGCUCAAUAUUGUGCAGGGUUUGCAACUGAUUGAAUUUUUUUAGAAUUCUGGAAAAGUUUGAAAAGAAGUGUGAUGCUAUGUGAAGACCAUGCAUAUUCCUCACCAAUUAACACCUUAAAUUAAUAUAUCCUUUAAAAGAUUGAAAAUAGAUCUCUUGAAAAUCUUUCCAUCUUACGGUCGACAUAGGGUUAUCUCCCUUCAAUGAUUGACUGUUUCAGUGUGUGCCAAAUUUUCAGGUCAGAUUUCAAGAAGGAUGAUUUGAAAAGGCCAUAAUUAAACAUUAACUUUUGUGACUGGAAUUUUGUGGAUACCAGUUUCUGAAUGUAAACUGUGUUAAAUGAAAUCAACUGAUUGAAACUGAUGAACUCAUGCAGAAUAUUCCCUGCUGAAGCCAUUCUGCAGGCACAAACCAGUCUCUGUAUAUAGUCAAUGUUAGGUGUUCUAGUUGGGCUAUAGCUCCAAAUGCUGGCACUAGGAUCGUGUCAUUUUGUUAGUGUUAUAGCAUUUCAUUCUAUCAAUCAAGGGGGACUUAACCCAAAUUUUCAGGAAAACAUUCAGGAUAUUCUUAGAUCAUUGACAAUACAGGGUAUCAAAUCUCAAUAACACACUUGUGUCUC